UUCUCUCCUAAUUAGACGGAAAUGAACUGAUUACUUCAUGUAUAUUAACACUUGCAUGAGUAUUGAGCGGCCUUCUAAGCAAUACACGCAGAUGUGCCCUGUGCUCAGACUGGGGAACAUCUAUCGACAGACUCAGCAUGCUAAGGUAUCUCUUGGUGCUGAUUCUUCUGGGCAUUUCCUGCCGUGGAGAAAAUGAUCCGGACCCAGAGAAACGAAGCGCCGAUCUGCACAUCACUAAGGACGACUUUGUUGCCGACCGCAGUGACUUCAGGAAACUCCUCGAAGAUAUGCUGUCGUUCUUCUGGGACACAAAGGACCAGUACAACGAAGCCAUAAACCGGAAGGCGGAACACGAAGCCCAAUCGCUCCGGGAGACAAACGAUUGUCCGGAGAAGAUCGAAAAUGCAACUUGCGAACACCACCAAGCGGAACCGAUGGGUGGUUGCUGCGUCGACUAUGGGCAAGUGAGAGGAUUCCUUGUUAGAUUAGAUGCUUGGAAUGAAUUUGUCAGUAGUCAGAGUGCGAUGCUUGAGUAUGGAAGUAACAUUGUUGCACUUAUGUGA